UCACACCCACUGGCCGUCUUGCGUUUUGCAACAGUCAGGUUGUUCGUUCAGAAACCUGCAACGUUCCCGCCAAGACAGGCUGUUUGCGCGCGCGACGAAAAAAAUACGUUCCAUAAACACGUGAUAUGAUAGCCGAAAAAAAAGUAAAUAAAGUGACGUCGAGAUUCGAGAUAAGCAGUGAUCGCGCGUUAUCAUUUGAAUUUAGAAUUUGGAAUGGAAACCACCGUGUUUUUAAUUUCGAUUUUAUUUUGUGUUUGUUGAUGAGUUGAGUGCAUGAAGUGGUGAAUCGAUUGCAAUAACAAUAAUCGACUGAGUACUUACCUACGUGUUUUAUAAGAAUAGUGUGUUGAUGUCGAUAAGGAUUUCAUCCAACUCUGGGUGAAAGACCGGGGAGGGUAUGCAGAGGAGGGAGCCGCCGGUGCCUCCCACUAAAAGCGGCCAAGAAUCAGCAUUUAGCCGAGUGAAAUCUGGAUUAGCAUCAAGUUUUUUCAAGACUACAUUUAGUUCACGAUCCAAGGCGGUAACAACCGCCUGUUCUACCACCAGUGAAGACGAAAAUAGCAAAAUAGGUAGUGCGGAGACCAAGCCUGUCACAAGGAACCGACCUAGGACUGCGCUAGAACCUCUAGAUCAGACAAAUGAGAAUGCUAACCAGCUAACCAAAGCUCCAGAUCGACCCAAAUCCUCACUAAAACGACAGCAUAAAGUCAGUGCUCUUACAGAAAGACCAAGAAGGCCAAAAACUGUUGCCCCGGACCCUGGGGCCACUAGACCACUCAAAGAAAACGUGAGGAAAUCCCAAAAUGACUUGAAAAGCCCCAAGGCAGUGCUCCAGGUCGUAAAAAAGUCGCAAGUUGAAAAGAACAAGGCCCCAGAAGCGCCAAAAAGCAUUUUGCCGCCAACGUUGAAGCCGAAAGCGAACUCAAAUAAAUUAAAAAUAACGAAGAACAUUAAUAACAACCAUAUUUGGACGAAUGCAAAUGAGACGGCCAAAAAUACUACACCGAAAUCAGCAAUUACGUUAGUAAGAGGGCCAAGCUCGGGAAAACAGGAGUCUUCCCUCAAAGGGGCUCCGUCCGUGUCCAGCCUCGACUCCAAGCACCACAAGGUCGCGCCCUCCCGCGACAAGAUCAAGAUCUUCGGCUCGAAGGAGAAGCUGAACAAGCCGAAGAAGCGGGAGUUGGGCAACAACAAUGCGGUGAUCGAGCACCCGGGCGAGGUGGAGUUCGAGGAUGGAGGGGAGUUCGGGAGCGCGGAGGAGUUGGAGGGGGCGGGGGGGUCCCAGGAGUGCGUGAGCCUGCCCGUGCUGCUGGACCACAUGCCCGCCUUCCAGGACGUGGAGUUGAGGCCGAGGCAAGCGUCUGAGACGUCCCUCUCCCCAGCCGCCCUGGAGCUGGAGUCCCUGCGGCUGGAGCUGCAGCAGUGCAGCAUGGAGCGCGCGGCGCUGCAGGCGCGCGUGGACGAGCUGCUGCGCGGCCGCGGCGACGCCGAGCGGAGGGCGCAGGAGCUGGAGCGACUCAAGUCGCUGGAGCUAGAGCGCUCGGCCGCCAUGGAGCGGCUAGCAGACGAGAACGGCGCGCUGCGGGCGCGGCUGCGCGGCGUGGCGCACUCGCCGCUGUCCGACAGCGAGAAGCGCCAGCUGCUGCUGCCCGCGCCGCGCCGCAUGCACUCCUCCGCGCCCGCCUCCAUCGCGCUCGCGCCCCACAACGACAGCGGCGACGGCUGCGCAUGGGAGGCUCAUUCCACCUCCUCCCUGAGCGAGGUGUCGGUGGCGUGCCUGCAGGACCGCAUCCUGCAGAUGGAGGAGCAUCAGUACAGCACAAGCGAGGAGCUCCAAGCCACGUUGGCCGAGCUGGCGGAUCUGCAGUCGCAGCUGUCGGACGCGCACGCGGACUGCUCCCGCCUGGCCGAGGAGAAGCAGGUGCUGCUGGAGUCGCUCUGCCGCCAGACGGAGAAGCUCGAGGACACCCGGACUAAGGUGGACACGCUGCAGGAGCUGCUGCUGCGCGAGGGCGUGGAGCCCGACUCGCUGCUGGCCGGAGACACCGACCAGCUCUUUGCCGUACUCAAGGUAUGUGUCUGGACAGGGUACACCAUUAACUUUUACCCUAUAUUCUACAACCCUACAUUCCAGCUGUCCCAAGAGGACCGGCGGCACCUGCUGGCGCAGCAGGAGCAGCUGGCGGCCGAGCUGGCGCAGGUCAGGGCGCAGCUGGAUGAGAGGAACAAGGAGAACGAGGGGCUGGCUGAGAAACUGAGAUCAGUGGAGGGCACCCUGGAGCGCGCGGAGGCGGAGCGCCUGCAGUGGCAGCACGAGGCCGGAGCAGCGCGCGAGCAGCUGCACGCGCUGUCCGCGCUGCUGGACGCCGCCCGGGCUAAGCUAGCAGAGCGCGCGGGAGCAGCAGAAGGCGCAGCAGAAGCCGAGGCAGCCCUAGCCAGCGCGCGGCGCGAGGCGGAGGCGGCGGCGGCGCGCGCGCGCGGGCUGGCCGAGCGGCUUGCGCACGCGCAGCGGCAGUUGGAUAGGGCGCAUAGUGACGCGAGGAAGCUGCAUGAUGAUGCGCUGGUGUCCCGCAACACGGCCAAGAGCACCAUCUCCGAGCUGCAGUUCCAGCUGGAGCAGGCGCGGAGCGAGCGCGCGGAGCUGCAGGCCGCUCUUAAUAGUGCGCAGGAAGGAAGCGCGGCGCUGCAGCAUCAGCUGCAAUCAGUCUCCGAAGAGAAGCUGUCCCUCAUGUCUCGAGCCUCAGAAGCGAUGUCCCGCGCCGGCGAGCUGGAGAGACAGCUGCAGGAGCAGCGGCAACGGAACGAGAAACUGACGCGGGAUCGGGAGAGAGAUCUACAAUCAGUGUCCGAAGAGAAGCUGUCCCUCAUGACCCGAGCCUCGGAGGCGAUGUCUCGCGCGGGCGAGCUGGAGAGACAGCUGCAGGAGCAGCGGCAGCGGAACGAGAAACUGACUAGGGACCGGGAGAGAGAUGAAGCAGAAUGGCAGCAGUUCCAAUCCGACCUCCUCAUGACUGUCCGCGUCGCCAACGACUUCAAGACAGAAGCGCAGAGAGAACUGGAGCGGCUCGUGUCAGAGAACAAAGUGGCCAGAGACCGCAUCCGUCUGCUUGAAGACCAGAUGCACAACAUGAAAGAAUUCGAAUUUCACACCAAAACAGGUAAUAACAAGUCUGGAUCACGCGAAAGUGUUAAUAACUAUUCCGAUGACGAAAAGAGGUUCUCCAAAGACUCAGAUUUGGCAGAUUCACCCUGUGACGGCUCAUCCAAAGAUAUCUUCAGAAAUAUAAAGUCUAGAUAUCUUACUAGGGUGCACAGUGUUAUUGAAAACCCGUCACCUAAAGAUCCCAGUAUAGUCGGCCAAGCAUUCUAUAGAUUAAAUAGCGUUCCAGAACCUAAAACAGACUUCGAAAUUAUACCAGAUGAGAUUAAGGUCGAAAUUGAAAAUGUUACAAUGGACGAAACAAAUGAUGAUGCAAGUAGAACAACAUUGUCCGAUAACAAUGACCAUUUCGAAACCAGAAUACUCGCUGAAGUUGUAAUGCCUCCUUACGAUGAAGUUGUUCCUAAAGAUUUUCAAAGGCAAGACGCCGUUGACGUCCAAAAACAGAAAAUGUGCAGACAAGACGCUCUAGAUAUUGAGAAUGAACCAGUGGAGUUGAGAGAAAAAAGCGAACGAGUUGUGUCGAAAUCGGAAUCUAAAGAGCAAACAAAACCAAGAAAUACAAUAUUUAGCAGGAGUCUGUCUGGCUUCUACAACGGAAGACCAAAAUCAUACAGUCUUGAUAAUUUACAUACAGAGUCAUUUAAAGAAGUGCUAAGAGAGGCUACUAGCAUAGAGUUCUUAGGUAAUUUAAACUAUUACAGUGAUCAAUCUGUAUUCACUGAAGGUUCAGACAGUGUGUUUACUUCGCCCAAAGAUAAAAUGCAUUUCAGUACGUUUAAAAGAAGCCGGGACUUCACUCCUGAACCGAGUGUUCGCAGUAAUAGCACCUCCACAGCUAGCAGUCCCAGGAUAUUAACACAGGAUACUAGAAACCCACCCGUGGUUAAAGCGCAAACAAUGUUACCUUACCCAUAUCCGGAUGAUAGGAAACCUGAAAUGCCUAGUGCAGAUUUUUUCAAUAACACAAACAUUACUCGUAAUGUUUCCGACGCCAAAGUCGAGAAAGAUCUUAAGAAUGUUGGAGAAGAAUUGAAAGAAUCUUUCAAAGCAGCAAUAGAUAGAAUUAUUGGUGUCAGUAAAAAUAAGAAAUCGCCUCCUCCCAAGCCAAAAUCGAAUCCAAAUGGAGAUAUUACAAAACGUAAAGCUUCGAUAGAUACUAAAGUAACAAUCAAUAAAGACACAGUCAAUGUUGAUGUAUCACAAAAACCUCCCAUGGAUAUUUAUAAACUUGUAGAUAUUGCUAUCGAUAAUAAUCAAUCUGAUAUAAGUGAAACUAACUCACCAACUGUAACUAUUGAUGCGCCUUCAGUCAAAGAAACAAAUAUUGAGAGAACAAGAUCAUCAUCGGAAAUCAAUAAUGAUUUACCCGAUACCAACCCCUUCAAAGAACAACCGAGCACAGAUAAAUGUAACGUUGAAGUUAAAGUGGAAGACGUAGAGGGACCUGUAGAAAACAACAAUGUUGUGAGCUAUCACUUGAAAAUCAAUACUAUGGAUACUGAAACUCAUUCAGAUACAGAAUCAAAUGCACCCCAAGAAAUAAUACCAGUACAGAAAGUUGUUGCGCCACCAAGGAAUAGGUCACUUAGCAAAAUAAACACAUUGAUAGCUCCACUUAAUAUAGGCAAAGAUGGUAAUUUGAGAAUAGACCCGUCGUCACCAGUCAUCAUCAGCCCAGUGCUAAUCCACCCCAGCUUCUUUCAGCAAAACAGUGAUAAGGUUGAUGGAGGAAACAUGAGUGGAACACUCUACUACAGUGAUAUCGAACAAGUCAGAGAAAUUGAGCGCAGAACUCCCAGCCCCAGAAUAAUAGAAACACCAAAACCUGAAGAGAAUCAAAAGAAAAAAGGUUUAUAUCAGAAGAAUUCCAAAGCUAAACCAACGCUGCCAUUUCUCUCAUGGAAAUCUUUGUCAGGUAAUGACAACCAAACGGAAACUAAAUCUAAAAGAACAGCAUCACCAAGAAAUUCUGAUGCUAAAAUAGAUGUCGGUCGACUAUCGAAAACUCCAGAAUUUCUCAUCGACAAUCAAUACUAUCAACCUGUCGACAGUGUACCCUUCAUCAUCAAUACAAAUCAAGCAGCGGUUACUAAACCCAACUAUCCAGACCUCGAUAAACAUCCUAAGCCCGUAUCCCGCAACUCUCCUAACCUUUUCUUCCCCCCAACUACAAAAACACCUGAACCGGAGCCUGAGAAUUAUUAUGAAGAAAUAGGACAACCUACUGAGAGGCAGCACCAGCCAACAGCAGCACCGCUGACGCCGAACAGAAAUGUCGCAGACGACGAAAAAAUAUCCAAAAUAACGUUCAGAAAUAGCGCCCCACAAGCGGACGACUUCAACGCAGUCACCAGAGAGGAAAUUCUCAAAGUUCCCAGAAAACCAAAGCGGCCUAAAACUCUCGAGGGAAAGCGCUCCAGCAGACCCAACAUCUUUGUAGAAACUUCUCCCCAAGACUCGACAAUAGACAUCGAUGCCAAAGAUUGCGCUGAAAUAACCAAAUCAGUCAUCACGUUGUCCCGCUCUCCGAGCGCCAAGGAAGUGGCGCAAAAACCGGCCAGCACAGUCUCAGAACUGAUACAGAGCUUAGAAAACCGACCGACGACACCUAGAAGCAGGAGCGUCACGCCCGAAGGUCGAAAGCUGUCUUUACAGGCUAGAGAAGCCCCGAAAGUCACUGAAACAAACACUAGUUCUCUUCCUCGAGAGAAAAAGUAUCACUGGAAGAAUCUAGAACACAAGAGGCUGUCGUACCCUCUGCGGACGCUCAACGCCGCCGCGCCCGCGCGACCGCUACCGCUGCCCUCCCGCGCGGAGGAGCCCCCGCCGCCGCCCCCGCUGCUGUCCAGCGCCUCGCUGCAGGACAUCAUGGCCACCGCCGCCUCGCAUCGCAGGAACAAAGGUGUGAGCCGGCAGGACUCGCGGCUGUCGGUGAAGUCCCUGAUCGAGAGCAUCGAGAACGCGGCCAAGGCGGCCAAGGCGUCGCCCGCCGCCACGCCCACCGCUGAGUGGCCACAGGUGCAAACCCCCGUCAGCUCGCCCAGCCCGACCUCUAUGAAGAACGGCGUGUGCGAAGCCCCGCCCACCAACGGGCUCUCCACCAAUGGGGGCUUCACCAAGCCGCCCGCCGCGCGCGCCCAGCGCCAAUCGCCUAACGCCAACGAGGCGGCGGCGGCCAACAUCCCCGACGAGCAGCGCGCGCUGUCGCUGCAGCAGAAGGCCAUGGAGAGCUUCGUGAGGAGGAACAGCUACGGGGAUAUCUGCGAGCGCAAGGACCCGCUGAACGCGCUGCAGGUGAAGAACGGCGGCUCCAAGAGGAAUGCGCUGCUCAAGUGGUGCCAGCAGAAGACCGUGGGGUACAACAACAUCGAUAUUACCAAUUUUAGCUCCUCCUGGAACGACGGCCUCGCGCUCUGUGCGCUCCUGCACUCGUACCUGGGCGCGGGGCGCGUGCCGUACGCCUCGCUCGGCGCGCACGACAAGCGCACCAACUUCUCCGUCGCCUUCCAGGCCGCUGAGGCCGUGGGGAUUCCCACCACGCUGAACAUCCAAGACAUGAUCCAGCAGGAGCGGCCGGACUGGCAGCAGGUGAUGGCGUACGUCACCAGCAUCUACAAGCACUUCGAGACGUGAGCACCAAAGGACCAGGGGCCAUGGACCAUGCACCACGGACAACGGACCAUGGACCACCAGCUAUUGACAUUCUAUCGAGGUCUCCAGCCGUGUACGGCUUUACGGUCCGGUACGGCUGUCAUUAUUGUCAGACAUGCGUAUAAUUUUGUUAUAUUAUGCGUGAUAUGAUACCUAUCAGAUAGCGCCUUAAGUGCUAGAAAAAACAAAACCUUCGCAGGGGACUUGGCUUGAAUUCAUACAAGUUAUGUAACUUUGGGCAGAUUUUUCAAUGCUCAGAUAAAAGUUAUCUGAGGAAUAGUUCUGAUGCUGUCGCAUCAGAAUGCGGCAUGUGACAGUGACAGGAACUAUUUUAUUCCUCAGAUAACGUUUAUCUGAUUAUUGAAAAAUCAGCCCUUAUAGUACUAGUUAAACAUCGAUAUAAGAGAUGAUGGUACCUACAGCCUUAUUUUCAGAAUAAUUUAUGUUGAUAAUCAUAUUGGUAGUCACUAUAGCCACCUGGUGGUGAACUUGAGUACUAAUAAUGAAUGAUAUUGUAUGGAAAUGGUUGUGUGAAACAUUCCUCGGUGAUAAAUAUGUGUAGAACAGUUUGUGUGUCUGAUAAUGUGCUAAUGUGAGCACUGAAGAUUGCCUUUUGACGUGAUUUAGGAAUUGUUGGAUAAGGCGUCUAACUAAUUUAAUUGUUUCUUUAUACACCACUGUAUACUCAUAUUAAUAAUUGAUACAUGAUAUAUGAAGGGUGAUAAGAAACAAAUAAUUUGGUGUAAGUUGACGCAUAUAUUUUUGAAUGUCUUUCUGAAUAAAGACUGAAUAUGAUAGAGAGCUAGGCUGGAACAGUAACUAAACAAGUAUUUACGGAGUAGAACUUUACCAUAACAUUAUAAUAAAGUGCACUUAGGUAUAGAAUUACCUAUACUACACUCAUUACUUCUUGCACUUUAGAAUAACAAGUGGCGCCAUCUUUUUGCAGGAAUCAAAGAAACCUACUGCAUGUUGACUUGUAAGUAAAAAAAGACAACAUGAUUUCGAUUUAUAUCCUUCAAUAUUUAUAUUCGCCUUAUAUGUAACUUAUGGGCCUUAUAAUAUACGUGUAUUUUUGUAUGCUAAAUUGAAUGAGUACAAGCGGUAGCGAGUUCAAUUGUAGAUAUUUUUAUAAUGUGUGUUAAUCUUCUGUCUGAUUGAUGCCUGAAUAACAAUCAUAUAACUUGUAGGAAUUGUAGUGGUUGUAAUAUUCAAUGUAACUGAUAUUUUGUACUAACAAGCAAGCGAUAUUCAAAUAUUGAGAUGGUAUAUUCCCCAUUUUCCCUUACUUGUCACUUUUCCAUUGUAUAACAUAUUUAUACACAUUUAGAUGAAAUAUUUACAUAACAAUAUAAGAACCUAAUAUAGUGCCAUGUAAAGGCAUACGAAUAACGAAUCCAUUAUAUUUAUUGAUUUUAAAUAACCAUUCCACAUUGUGACAAUGAUCUCAGUUGUUAAGCAACUAUCCGCUAUUAUUUUUGCUUGCAAUCAUCAGUUUCAGUCUCUUUUUCAUCUUACUUGUUGCAAUUUAAGUAAUACAUACAAAAAACAAAUAUUAUUUAUUACAGAAGACGUAUGUUUGUGAACUGAAACUUGCUAAUUACCUGGAUGGUUCUUGUAAAAGGUAAAAUAAUUUAAAUAACGUAUUUUCAUAAGCUUCCCGCGAUGUGUUGCUGCAGUUCGGUUGUUAUAAAUAAAAUUAGUUAUAUUUUCGAGAAGUUUGUAUUUUUGUAAAUAAUUAUAGCUUAUUGUAUGAAUAAAGUUCCUGAUUUAUUAAA